AACCGUCGCGCAGAGAUGCACUUGGACACAGGACACAUGACACAACCUCGUUUGCUUAAUCAUACACGCGUAUCAUCAUUAACCUUGAGACAGCGCCAUUAAAACCUUCUCUGUACCUCACCCCCACCUUAACACUCCCUAAAAAGCUCUGCUCUCUCUCUCUCUUUCUACCCCCCUGCCCUGCACAUAAGAGAGAGACAGAAGUUGAAUUCUUCUUCAACACUCUCCAAGGGAGAAAGCGAAAGCGUGUUCCUUGUGAGUUGAGUGAUUGGGCAAGGGAAUCCAUUUGGGGGUUUAAAAUCCACUGAGAGGCGAGGUGGGUUGGAGGCGAAGAGGGGGUCGCCGGAGAAUGACGUCAGAGGGGGCGCCACCGAAGAGGAAGCCGUCGUGGAGGGAGAGGGAGAACAACAGGAGGAGGGAGAGGCGGAGGAGGGCCAUAGCUGCCAAGAUAUACUCCGGAUUGAGGGCUCAGGGCAACUACAAUCUCCCCAAACACUGCGAUAACAACGAGGUCUUGAAGGCUCUCUGUUCCGAAGCUGGCUGGACCGUCGAAGAUGACGGCACUACCUAUCGCAAGGGAUGCAGGCCACUCCCAACUGAUACAGCAGGCACUUCCACCAACAUCACUCCGUGCUCCUCCCAAAGACCAAGUCCACCAUCUUCAUCCUUCCCAAGCCCAAUUCCUUCUUACCAAGCUAGUCCUUCAUCCUCUUCCUUCCAGAGUCCAUCUCGUUUUGAUUCUCUGAAUCACUUCCCGUUUAUCUGCAACCGGAUUGCUCCAUCUCUCCGCCCUCUCCGAAUAUCAAACAGUGCUCCUGUGACCCCACCUCUCUCAUCCCCAACCUCUAGAACUGCCAAUCCAAAACCCAAUUGGGAGUUCCUUACCAAAGAAUCCAUGGUAUCUUUUGGUCACCCCUUCUUUGCCACCUCUGCCCCUGCAAGCCCUACUCGUUGCCAACGUCAAGCUCCAGCUCCUAUACCUGAACGCGAUGAGUCUGAUACUUCCACUGCAGAUUCCGGCCACUGGAUGAGCUUCCAAAAGUCUCUGCCCUCUGCGCUUCCACCCUCCCCAACAUUUAACCUUGUGAAGCCCAUGGCUUAUCAAAUUUCCCCCACUGAUGCAGUGACAGAGAGAGGAAAGGGUACGGAAUUUGGAUUCGAGAGCAUAACGGUGAAACCAUGGGAAGGUGAGAGGAUUCAUGAGGUAGGGUUGGAUGAUCUUGAGCUCACUCUUGGAAGCGGGAAGAAUCGAAGUUAGGACUAACUGAAGCUGUACUUGGCGGUGGAUAUGGAAAAAGUAGAGGCAUUGUUUCUUUCACUGCUCCUGGUUUACUCUGCUGUAUGAGGAAGUGCACUUGCACUGGUCUGGAUAGCCACCCAUGAUGGAAAACCUUGGUUUCAGAGGCAAAGUGGCGGUGUUUUUCAAGUGCAGUUCCUGACCAAACUCAGUCCAUUGGAAGAAUUAUUCAUAUUACCUUCUUUUUCCUUUUGGGUUAGCUUUAGCUAUUUUAAAAAAAAUGUAACUUUGUGUGGCUUUUUUCUUCUUUUCUAGCCUUGAGCUUUCCUGUUCUUCAUUCAGUGAUUGCAGAAUCCUGAAUUGUUAGGGACGUUUUUACUUAUUUAUAUUUUUUCAAGCACUGCAUACCGAUACUGUGGUUUGUCUAUGGGACUCAGGAGCAAGGAGUUUCCCUCUUGCAUACACAGUGGGGAAAACUCCACAAAACUAAACUGUUUCAUGAUUAUUUACUUUACUAUAGAUGAUGCUUAUUUCAAAGAAAA